AGUUUUGUUACUUUGAGGUACGUACUUCAAGUACAUCGUUCACUCCGGGAAAUAAUCAAUCGGAUAGAUUUUACGUAAACAAUUUAUUUUUAAGCGGCCACCGCGUUCGUUAAGCAGUCGAAAUGUUUCCGCCGACUCGAAUAAGAAGUUGUCUUCCAGUUAUUAAUCCAAUGUUUAGACAGAAACUGCGUCCUCAUAGGCCGUUCCGUCAGACGGCUACAGUUCAUGGUAGCCAAACAAAGACAGUUCAGCGCAAUAAAUGGAUGAAUUUCCGAUCUAUUAUUACGAGAUGGGUACCUCUAGGAAGUGCUAUUUACGUCGGUUGGUGUUAUAUUCGUGCGAGCAUCAAUUACGAAGUGUCAAAAGUCGAAAUUUUAUUCUACGAAAUGUUUCCUUUCCGUGUUACGAGCAGAAUUUGGGGGAAACUGGCUGCUUGUGAGCUCCCGACGUCUUUACGAAGUUUUGUCUACGGUACGUACAUUAAAAUGUUUAAUGUGAACUUGAAUGAAGCUGAAUUUACUGAUCUGAAGUAUUACAAAAGUUUAUCCGAAUUUUUUACAAGACCUCUCAAAGAAGGUGCGAGGUAUAUAUCGCCUUGCCAUUGUGUCUCGCCCUGUGAUGGUGUAGUUUUAAACUGUGGUCCAGCUGACACAGAUAAAAUAGAGCAAGUCAAAGGAGUCACAUACAGCCUAGAAGAAUUCCUUGGAGAAAAUAAAUGGAACAAAAGAAAAGAUGAUAAUUAUUACAACUCUUUAUUAAAUAACAAAGACAAUGUGUUACACCAGUGCAUCAUAUAUCUGGCUCCUGGAGACUACCAUCGGUUUCACUCACCAUGCGACUGGACAGCUACGUUCCGAAGACAUUUCUCUGGCAAACUGCUAUCUGUAAACCCAUGGCUAGCGAGACUCAUACCUGGGUUAUUUGCCAUCAACGAGCGAGCGGUUUAUGUAGGAGAAUGGAAGCACGGUUUCUUCAGCAUGACUGCAGUAGGAGCUACGAAUGUUGGCUCAAUAGAGAUAUACAACGAUCCCGAAUUACGAACAAACACGAAAGGCAAGCGAAACAGGAUAAGCGAGAUUGACUUAGGACAAGUGCAGUUGAAGAAGGGUGAGUUAUUCGGACAAUUUAAUAUGGGGAGUACGAUUAUUUUACUGUUCGAAGCUCCGAAAGACUUUAAAUUUGACAUGGCUUCCGGUGAUAAAGUUCUUGUUGGGCAGGCGUUGUGCGAAGCAACGAAGGAACAGGCGAGAUGACCUGUUCGUUAUGAUUUAGUUCACUUAGCCCAGGUGGCUAUGGUUUUCUACAUGUUAUCGGUGUUGCUAUGAUUUUGUAUUGUAAAUAUUUUUUUUCAAUCUGGCAACCAUCAUGUUGUAAUAGGCUGCAUAUGUCUGUAAUUGUGAAUUGACUCCCAGUAUCCAAUUGGUAAUUACUCUUCUUAAAUGUUGAGUCGGCUUGAUACAGUUCCAAUUAGUUUCUAAUAAGUUUAUCGAACAGAUGUAAUCGGUGCUAAUAUAGUACCUUUUUGAUUUGGUAGAUAGUGAUUAUCUAAGUGAAGUCAACUUAUAUUUUCAACUUUGAAUCUGAUUUAAGUACCAAAAAGGUCCAAAUUGACGCCAUGUCCUCUCUCUUUAUUUUGUAUUCAUUCUAUGUAAUAAAAUUUGGUAAACUAUUGUGGAUGGGUUAUGAAAUUACCCACUGCUUUGUUGGUCUAGUCAUAAUAAAGACAGAAUUAAUCUUUAGGUCAGGAAACUUUAUUGAAGGAUCAUUUGUUCAUUAACUGCCAAGUCCCAAGUCACCGGUGACUGCUCUUACUCCAUUAUAGACCUUAUGUCCGAUGGUUAGAGAGUGCCUUGGUAUAAAUUGUUGAUUUUUCAUUAAAUAGCAUAGAGACAAAAUAACCAGUAGCCUUAUAGGUGCUUAAAGUAAUACAACUUUUUAUUUUUUUGAAAUACUAAGUAGUAGUAGUAGGAAGCUCGAAUAAUAUGUAUUAAGCAAUGUCAUGAGCUAAUGGUAACAUGUAAACAGUGACUCAUGUAGUGCAGAGAUUCUCCAGUCAACUGAUGAUAGCAUGGACUGUCCAGGCAAUACGUACUUCAGUAUUACCAUGAGCCUAUGAUUACAUGUAAACAGUGACUCAUGUAGUGCAGAGAUGCCCUGUCAACUGAUGAUAGCGUGGACUGUCCAGGCGAUACGUACUUCAGUAUCACCAUGAGCCUAUGAUUACAUGUAAACAGUGACUUGUGUAGUGCAGAGAUGCCCAGUCAACUGAUGGUAGCGUGGACUGUCCAGGCGAUACGUACUUAAGUAUCAUCAUGUGCCAAUGGUAACAUGUAAACAGUGACUCAUGUAGGGUAGAGAUGGUCCAGACAACUGACGGUAGCGUGGACUGUUCAGGCGACAUAUUUAGGAAUCAAAUAAGUGUAAUAAUAAUUCUUCCGGUUUGCGAAUAACAAGAAAUGAUAAUUCAGAUUAUUUUAUUAUACUUUGUUUAACAUUGACCCUAUUAAUUUUGUCUGCAAACCAUGAUAAACUCUCUUAUAGUGGUCUCUAUAUAAUUAUCUUUAUUAAUAAUAUUAUAUCUUACAUCGUAAUUGUAUUCUUAAAAAUAUAAUAUUUGCAUCAACUGACACUUAUAUUACUCUUAGGGUAUGGGGUUUCUUGCUCAUUCUUCUCCACUCGAAUCUACAUUUUGGAACAAGAGCCUAUCAUCGACUAAAAACUUUAUCAUUAUUCUAUUAAAAAAAAAAAAGUUUUUUACAAUGUCAUUGAUAGAUUAUCUGAUCCUUUAACUAUUUUAUACAUUAACCCUCUAAUCCACAAGAGGUCACCGGUGACUACUCUCCAUUAACUACAUUAUAUACCUUAUUUCCAAUGUUUAGAGACUACUUUUGUAUGAACAAAUUUGGGGAACGAUUUUUCAAUACAUACAUACUUCUUUAGCAUCCAUCACAUUUACCUGGCCUGGAACAUUGCUCAGCAGUAUUUGACCAACGUGACAGUCUAUAGACUGUCGUAGAUGCCUAAUUUUAAUUUUAAUGUCCGUCUGGUAGAUUAUUUUAAAUCAUUACACACGUAUUUUUUAUUUUCU